AAUAAGUCUAUAGGCUACGCCAGAAGUUCCCAAAGUUAUUGGCGUCAUUGGUUUUUCGGGCGGGGGCUGGGGGGUGCUGUUUGUAUGGAAAACUUUUGUUAACGAAAUAUGGAGACACAUUUUUAACAUCCUUUGCUUGGUUGAGGCAGUUUAGCAUCGGCGGAUUUAGGAGGUAAACGGCAAUAUAAGACUAAUUAUACCUACGAUGAACCUGGAAAACGACCUUAGAGCGGCCAUUUCAAAACUCCAACCUCGGUAUGAUAAGUUAUGUUCACAGAAGCAACCACAUCCGUCCCACUAAUCCAGGAUGCGGUCACCUACAGACCAACGUCCUGGAGCGGUGUGGAGCUGCAGAGUCGAGUUGUGACAACAAUACGAUGGAGCUCUAUGCGAUUUUUCUCCUGUUCGCCUGUGUAUCAGCACAAAAGAAACAACACGAUUGUGAACAGCAGCCUGAAGUGAUACACACAUUUGAAAAGCUUAAGACCUGCAAAGACAAAACUUUCACAGCAGAUUUUCACAAAGGCAUGAUGAAUACUACAUGCCGAAGCCCCGGAGACACAGUUGUGCCCAUUGCAUCGGACGAGCCUGGCACGCUGUAUACACCAAGUGCUGUGGUAGUCAAGAGGUGUGCAGGGGUGUGUCUGUAUCAGUUAUCCUGCAUUCCAACAGAGAAAAUAAUGGUUCCUUUCAGUGUACGAAGCCACAGAGAGGGAGAAACAACAACAACAUGUGGGACAAUUUAUGUAGAAGAACACGUGAGAUGCAAAUGUGACUGCAAGGUUAUGGAAUCCCACUGCAAUCCUGACAGGCAGGAAUACGACAGGCCUGCAUGCAUGUGCAGGUGUAUGAAUAUGGCCGAGAAAGAGGAAUGUGAGAAAAGCGACAGACUGUGGGAUCAGAAGGCAUGCAAAUGUAGGUGCAUGGAGGAAGAAGACUGUACCACAGGACUAUACUGGGUCCCUUCACUAUGCAGGUGUAUGAAAAUGAUGGAUGAGGAGAACAAUGACAUCGAGUGAACAUGGCUGAAAGCAAUACUUAGAAAGCAAACUGUACUCUCACACAAGUGCUCAGAAAUAAAUAAUAUACUGAUCUGUACUA